AGAGGAAGACCUUGAGCCACUGGGCGCCCAGGCGCGCCUCGCUACUCUCUCCUCUCCUCCUUACUGCUACAUCACUCCUCUAGUCACAAUACCAGUAUUAUAGUCUCAUGUAACUGAUACCAAAGUUAUAGACCAAAUCACAUAAUUAUAUUUAAUUGUUGUGAUGCGAGAAAAAGGAAGUGGUGGCAACCCAGGAACCCAGAGAAGGUCCCAGCACCACCACUGGUGGCCCAGUGUUGGUGGUGGUGGUGGUGGGUGUGCUUCACUCCUCUCGGCCGUGUGCGGCCUGGCCCAGUUGUGAGGUAUUAUGUGUGAGGGAGUGAGGGAGGCAGGCCGGUGAGAUAGGUCCUUACUGUCCUCUUGAAGUCACCCAAGUGCUGUGGAUAUUACAUAUAUUUUUUCUGGAUACUGCGUGAAGGAUUCCCACAAUGGACUUUCUCUCUCUAAGACGACCAGCGUGGCUGACGGUGAUGGUGGGAGUGUCAGGGAUGGUGUGCUUGAUGAUGCUCAGCCGGAGCACCACCCUGGCGCCGCCCCUCAGGCCCAGUCCCCCAGGGGCCAGGGUGGUGCUGGCCGCCGCCCCGCCCGCCCGCCUCCACCAGAACUGCUGCUCUCCGUCCCUUGUUGUCCUGCAGGACCUGGACACCUCCCAGGACACAGCUGGGAGAGGCAGGGUCGUCACCUCCCAGGACACAGCUGGGAGAGGCAGGGUCGUCACCUCCCAGGACACAGCUGGGAGAGGCAGGGUCGUCACCUCCCAGGACACAGCUGGGAGAGGCGGGGUCGACACCUCCAGUACUCAAGCAGGUGGAGGAGAGGCAGGAGCCCCGUGGGAGGACGCUGGUCCAGAACACCUGGGGGCCCCAGCGGCUCCACACCUGGGGGUCCUAACGGCUCCACACCCGGGGGCCCCAACACACAAGAUGCAAGCUGAUGCAGCCCCUGGUGAAGGCCCAGGCACCGCUCCAGGUACGGAGCCUGAGGAGGAAGCAGAGCUCGGUGGAGGUCAGGAAGAAGAGGAGGGGGCGGAAGAGGCAGGACUACGAGAAGAGAUACUUAGCGAGGUACACGAGACAAUGGAGGGGAAGAUAGAGGCCAUACUGAAGAGGAAGCGAGAAGCUCUGGCCAUAGACAUGGAGGGCUACCACUUCCACCCUCACCUGAAGGCCAAGGACGUGAGUGAUCUGGUGAUGGAGCGCGGAGGGAACCCUGUUCGCAGUCUGGUCGUCACAACAUGGCGCUCUGGCUCCACCUUCAUUGGAGACGUCCUCCAGAGCCACCCGGCCACAUUCUACCACUAUGAGCCGCUGCUGGACUUCGGCAUCUCGCAGAUCCGUGAGGGGAAGCUGGCCGAGCAAGCCAUCUAUAGCUUACGUCACCUGCUUACUUGUAACUACACCAACAUGGAGUCCUACCUGGAGUACGGUCCUAUGCACCCGUGGCUGUUCUUCCACAACCUGCAGCUGUGGUCAUACUGCAAAGCCUUCCCGGACCUGUGCUGGCUGCCCCAGUUCCUCGAGCCCUUCUGCCAGCUCUUCCCCUUCCAGGCCGUCAAGACGGUCCGUCUCAGACUCAACCUCACCCGCGAGCUGCUCCAGGACGACAAACUAGGAGUGCAGGUGGUGCUAUUGGUCCGGGACCCGCGCGGGACCAUGCAGUCCCGCGCCCACCGCAACUGGUGUCCCGGUAACGCUGACUGUGACGACCCUGCCAGGCUCUGUGACGACCUCGUCAACGACUACAACACUGCCCGCAUCUUUACCAGAAAGUUUCCACAUUCAUUCAGAGUCAUCCGGUACGAGGACUUCUCCUUCCACGCUCACAACAUGACCAAAGACCUGUUCGAUUUCUUCCACCUCGACUACCAUCCUCGAGUGCAAACAUUUUUAGAUACGCACACUACAAAAAAAGUUGGCGGAGUGUCAAGUACUUUCCGUAACUCUAAGACGGCUCCGGUCCACUGGCAGCAGGACCUGACGUGGCAGGAAGUUGUGGACAUCCAGAAAGUUUGCGACAAAGCUCUCAAACUCUGGGGCUAUAGAAUGGCAAGAUAUGAAAAACACCUUCGAUCAUUUAAUCCAGUAGGAAAGUUAAGAAAAGGAUUAAUGUUAUUGUAAAUAUAUAUAUAUAUAGUGAGAGAGAAUUUGAAGAAUAGAUCCAUUACAAAUUAUGGUGAAGUUGAAACGUGAAGGUUGAACACUGAGUAACACAGUCUACAGUGGCUACAUCAUUGGCUGUAAUUUACUGACGCUUGUUUAAA